AAAAGUCGCUCCGGGCUUUCUCGCGGAUUUCGCUCGUCAAGAGUGAAUUUUCGCGCGCGUACCGUCGUCGGGAGUGCCGAGUGAAGUAUCGCGCGUCCGUGGGGUGGAAAAUAUCGCGGUUAAUUGUGCAUCGGCAUCGCGUAUAAUCGGUCAGUGUAAAUAUGCCUCUCCUCCAUCGGCCGGCGUACUUUGAAACCGCGAUUAUUCCCGUAUUUCUCGUACUUCCAAGGCGAAUUUCGCCCAAAAUUCGCGUUAUUGUCGCAAAUAUCAAGCGGAAUAUGCAGUACAAUGCGUAAAUAUAGCACAAAACGCGCUAAAAAGGUGUAUAGUGAAGAUAUAGAGAGAGUGAGAGAGAGGGAAACACGACCGAAAUCGCGAUUAUUUCCGUAUUUUUCGUGCUCCGGAAGCGAAUUUCGCCUCGUAAUUCGCAUCAUCGUCGCGAGUGUUCAGUGAAAUAUACAAGUGCAUAUUUGCAGUGCAUAUAUAUAGCGUAUAACGCGCUACAAAGUGAAUAGUGAGGAUAAAGAAAGAGAGAGAGGGAGAACGAGCUCAUAGGAUUCCUGGAAUCAUGGAAGGAGAAAGUGGGGGAGGUAUCUUCGAGAAAUAAACAACGGUCGUCGAAUGGUAGCAUUGCGAUUCACGCGUCGUGUCGGGAGUGACAAUUUUGCUACUGCAGUUAUCGGAUUUCCUUAAUCAGGGCAGCAGGAUAUAAAUGGAGCAACUACAGGCAGCGCUGACAGCUAUCAAAGUACUUCGCUCUAAUGUUGGACAAGUGUUUGAUUCUCUUGGAAAUGGUUUGCGAGCGGAGCAUGGAGAUGAAAAUAAAGAAUCCAAAUAUUUAUUGGAGUUACAAGAACUAUUAACUACAGUAAAUCUUAACUUAAGGGAUGUAGAACAGAUAAUAAGUAGUUUAAAUCCACCACCGGGUCCAUUUAAUUUAGCUAGCACAACAUAUCUUAGUCAGGAAACUACACAGGAAAGACAAGCGCUUUAUAGUACACUUGUCAAUUGUUAUAAGUGGACAGAUAAAGUUCACGAAUAUAGUAAUGUUGCUUCUACAUUGCUCAAUCAGAAUUCGUUAAAAAGAUCUUACACGGUUGCAACUAGAACGAAAAAGACAAGACCGUUCUACACCAGUAGUCAUAAUGUAUCUCAAGCGCAAGUUGAUUCCAUGCUAUCAACGAUUGAACGGCAGUUCAGUGACAUGACAGUCUCAGUGUCCCGUCCAUUCGCUUCGAAUGCAGUAUUACACGUUACCCUGGGACAUGUCCUGAAAGCAUUGAUAGCGUUUAAAGGAUUGAUGAUAGAACGAGUCGUAAUCAAGGGUCACUUCGAAACGAUGGAUCUGUGGACGGAAUCUAGGCAUAAAGUCUUCCGCAAAGUGACGGAGAACGCACAUGCGGCGAUGUUGCACUUCCAUUCGCUCGCAUUACCUGAAUUAGCAGUGCGGUCAUUUAUGACAUGGUUACAUGGUCUAAACACUUUAUUUAGCGAACCUUGCAAACGCUGCGGCUUGUAUUUGCACAGCGCGCUGCCUCCAACUUGGAGAGACUUUCGAACUUUAGAACCUUAUCAUCAGGAAUGCAAGCCAUAAGAUGUCAGCUCGGUGUCUUGUAUUUCAGUCGAAUAAAUAUGAUCUUUGCAAGAGUACUUUAUUAAUAAUA